AUGGAAGACCACCGUAACAAUAAUAGUCACCACAAUCAACACCAACACCAACACCACCAUCAUCAACAACAAUACAACGGGAUGUCAACUGAUCUAAGACAACUAGUUAACGGACCAAGGUCAACCCAUUUCUCCUCAAUACCAUCCUCGGACGAGUUUUUCACCGGUCACCGGAAUCUGACUGCGUUGUUAACCACAUCACAUCAAAACGACCAACAACAUCAGUACGAGAUGAUGAUGUUGGGUCGUGGCGUUAAUGUUCUUGAAGACUUCAAUAACAUCACCACUCAUGUUCAACCACCUCCUCCUCCAUCAACAGUCACAACCACCACCGCUAGUGUCUCCACUCCUGAAACCACUGGAUGCAUCGGCGGAGACGCCUCCACCGGAAGAUGGCCCAGACAAGAAACUCUUACUCUUCUUGAAAUCAGAUCUCGUCUUGACCCUAAAUUUAAAGAAGCUAAUCAAAAGGGUCCCUUAUGGGAUGAAGUUUCUAGGAUAAUGUGUGAAGAACAUGGAUAUCAAAGGAAUGGAAAAAAGUGCAGGGAGAAAUUUGAGAAUCUAUACAAAUAUUACAAGAAGACAAAAGAAGGUAAAGCAGGAAGGCAUGAUGGUAAGAAUUACAGAUUCUUUCGUCAACUUGAAGCUUUAUAUGGUGAAAACAGUAACCAAACUUCUAUACCAGAAACCAAUUUUGUCAGCAACUUCAAUUUUCAAAACCCUUCAAAAACUACUAACCAAGAAGUUUUUAAUAAUAAUGAUCAUAGCUUGAGUCUCACUACUAACUCAACUGACUUUGAGAUCGAUACUUCGUCGUCGGAUGAUGAGAAGGGAAAGAGGAAGAGUAGUGGAAGGAGGAGGAGUUGGAAGGUGAAGAUAAAAGAGUUCAUUGACUCACAAAUGAAGAAGCUUGUGGAUAAGCAAGAAGAGUGGUUGAGUAAACUUGUGAAGACACUUGAGGAUAAGGAAAAGGAAAGGGUUUUGAGAGAGGAAGAGUGGAGGGCACAAGAAGCAAAAAGGGUAGAAAAGGAACAAAGGUUUUGGAGUAAAGAGAGAGCAUGGAUUGAAGCAAGGGAUGCUGCUUUAAUGGAAGCUUUGAAGAAUAUAGGAGGAAGAGAAAUGAAGGCUGAACUUGAAGGUCAUAAUCAUAAGGGUAUAAAUGUAAUAACUGAAGGUGAGAUUCAUCAAAGCAACAUUGAAAACCAAAAUGAAGAUGGGAGUGAAAUAUUGAAUAGUACUGUGAGAGGUACUGAUAAUAACUACCAAAGGGAUUCUUUAUCUUUACAAGAAGGCAACAAGAAGAGAAAGGAGAAUUUUUACUUCAACAAUAAUGAACAAUGUUCUAUGUACAAUCAAGGUAGUGGUUAUAUUGAUGUAAAUCAUCAAAGAGAGGAGAUUGUGAAGCUACAAAGAAAUGUUGAUCAUGGUUCUUCACCUUCCGAUUCUAAUGUCGGUAAUGUUGCUAAUGGCGAUGCUUGCUUUCCGUUUUUGAUUAAUGAAAGUGGAAGUUUGUGGGAGAAUUUCGGCUUGAAGAUCAAUAAAGCAAACCAAAACAACUGA